AUGACUUCUGAAAAUCAGUCAUCAACUUCUUCAAAGCAAGAUAUAGCUUGGAAGUAUUGCAUUGACAUGGGCAAAGGUAAAGCAAGAUAUGUUUCUGUAUAUGUAGCAGCAGGACGUUUAUUGAUGGCGAAACGUCCACAUUUAUACUGGACUCCAUAUGCUACUCAUUGUCUUGAUUUGAUGCUUGAAGACAUAGGAAGGAUUUCGAAAGUCCGUGUCACGUUGAAGAGAGCAAUGGCCUUAAACGAGUUUAUAUAUAGUCGUACAGGUGUUGUAAACAUGAUGAGGAAGUUUACCGGGAAAAGAGAGUUGGUGAGACCCGCGAUAACCAGAUUUGCCACCGCUUACAUCACUCUUCGUUCAAUACAAGUUCAAAAGGCAAACCUUAGAAAGAUGUUUACUUCUGAUGAAUGGAGGAAGAGUAAAUACUCAAAAGAGCAUGGCGGUAAAAGAGUCGCAUCCAUUGUUUUGAUGCCUACCUUUUGGAGUACAAUUGUGUAUAUCCUUAAGAUGACGGGUCCUCUCGUAAAAGUGCUUAGGUUAGUUGAUGGUGAAAAAAGGCCGGCCAUGGGCUAUGUAUAUGAGGCCAUGGAUAGGGCAAAAGAAGCAAUUACAAACUCCUUUAAUAAUGUGGAGGACAAGUACAAAGAUGUGUUUGCAAUUAUUGACAAAGAGGAUAAAGAGGUGAUGAUCGGGUUGCUUAAAUGCAUUGAGAAAUUAGUGCCGAGUGUUGUUGAUAAAGGUAAAAUAGAGGACCAAUUGUCACUUUAUAGGAACGCCGAAGGUAUAUUUGGGAUGGCAAUAUGCAUACGUCAAAGAGAAGCAAAGUCACCAGCUGAGUGGUGGGCUUCUUUUGGCAAUGAUGCACCGGAAUUAAAAAAGUUUGCCAUCAAACUUUAUAACAAAAGAAGAAACCGACUUGCGCAAACUCAGCUCAAUAAUUUAGUCUAUGUGAAAUAUAAUCAAGCGUUAAAGCGGCGUUAUAAUCAUCGUGAUGUCAUUGAUCCAAUCUCUUUGGAUGACAUUGAUGAAAGUAACGAAUGGUUGCUUGGUAGAAUGGAUGAGAUGAAGAAGAAAAUGAAGAUUAUGUGUUUGAUGAUGACGAUUUGA